GAGAAGCAGAGAGAGAGAAAGGUCUUCUAUCUGCUGGUUCAUUCCCCAAAUGGUCACAAUGGCCAGAGCUGGGCUGAUCUGAAGCCAGGACCCAGGAGUUUUUUCUGGGUUUCCUGUGCAGGUGCAGGGGCCCAAGAACUUGGGCCAUCUUCUGCCUUCCGAGGCCAUAGGAGGAAGCUGGACUGGAAGUGGAACAGCCAGGACUUGAACCAGCACCAAUAUGGGAUGCCGACCCUGCAGGCAGCAACUUGACCCACUACUCUGCAGUGCCCACCACAAGAGAAUGAUACUUUUAAACAGACUGUGUUAGUUGUUUUAUAUAAUGUUUCAUAUUCUGCAUUUGUCUAAUUAUUUUCUUAUAAAAUGUUCAACUUUCAGGAUUUGUCUGUUUCCUUGUGGUAGUACUUAAUUUGUCUAUUGCUGUGUUUUCUUUAAACUCAAAAAUAAAAAUACUGAUGUGAUUUGGGUUAAACCUUGUAAGUAAUAUUUUAUAAGUAGUUUUUUGUUUGUUUAUUUUGGCACAAAAGAGUAAGCUGGAGACCAAAUAGCUAAUGACUAAUAUUUAGAUUAUUAGCCAAUAAUUUGGAUUAUUUGCUAGCAUUUUUCUAUUUAAACUUCCCUGGCAUUAUCUCUGACUUUUGAAAUUUAGAAUUACUAUUGUAGGUUUAAGUUCAAGCUUAACAAUAAAACUUUGAGAAGGAACAUAGAAAUAAUGUUUGCAUUGUGUCAUUUGGGUUUACUCUCCUCUGUGAAAAUGGUUUGGAAGUUGAGGCAGAAAGAAUUGAUAUAUUUAGCAAAAGCAGCUCACAGAGAAUUGGAUAGGGGGCUACAACUAGAAAUUUUUAGGAAUAAGGAUUAGGGAACAGCAUUGUGGCACAGAAGAGGGUUAAGCCACACCUGCAAUGCUGGCAUCCUAUUAUGAGCGCCAGUUUAAGUUCUGUCUGUUCCACUUCCCAUCCAGCACCCUGCUAAUGCACCUGGAAAAGUAGAAGAUGGCCCAAGUGGUUGAGCCUCUGCCACCCACGUGGGAAACCUGGAUGGAGUUGCAGGUUCCUUCCUGUCUUUGGCCUGACCCAGCUCUGGCUAUCGUAGCCAUGUGGGGUGUGAACCAGCAGAUAGAUGAUCUGUUUCUCUCCAAGGCUCUUUCAAAUAAAUAAAUUUUUUUAAAAAGAAAUAAAGAUUAGAAAGACUUGGAAAUUAUUUUCACAAAAAUCAUUCAAUAGUUACUACUUAUAGUAUCAGGACCAUAAUUUUAGGGGGUUAACAUCAUGACACUCCAGUUUUAGAAGAAACUGUGUACUUGGGCAAGAACAGGAGUGACACAAAAGUUGUCAGAUGGGUUUGAAGGUAAAAUCAAGUUUCACAGGUCGGUGAUAGAGUAAAACAAACUGGGUGUAUUUGGGUUUUAUAAACCUUUUUUUUUACUUUUUUAACCAUUUGAGUAAUUUAUAGGAACCAUGUUCUCUCCAGGAGAGGAUAUUUUUGGAAGAAAUAACUAUGCACAGAUUGUAGGGUAAUUUUUUUUAAAGUUCUCAUUCAGAACAUGUGUCGCUCCCCCUCUUCGUGGAGGAACGACACAGGACCCUGCGCUGUUCUUUCGUCUGCUCGGCCCUCCCCGGGUUUGCUGCUGGUUCUUCCCGGGUUGGCUACUAUCCCUUCCACCUCCGUGGAAGGGCAGUUCCCCCUGGCCACAUUCCCCACUUCCGCAGGGGAGCGGCACACCGCCGGCCGGCUCGUCUCGGGGGCUGCACAGGUGUUCCUUCAGCUAGAUGUUCCCCUUAGAUGUUCCCGGUGCAUGCCGUCUCUCUCCUCCUUUAUAGUCCUCCUCCGCCAAUCCUAACUCGGCUGCCCACACGCCGAGUACGCUGCUCUCCAAUCAGGAGCAAGUCCUACAGUUUAUUGGUUGAACUGGAGGCAGCUGUGCGGAAGCUGUUUACUUCUCUCCCAGCACCAUAUUGUGGGAGAGCAGAUGCAUAGAAUAAGUCCUAAUUCCAGUAACUCAGUCCAGUCCGGUUGCUCCCCACAAACAUGUAUUCAGCCUGAUUAGUUUUUUUGUUUGUUUGUUUUGUUUGUUUUUUUUGUUGUUGUUUUUUUGACAGAGAGAGAGAGAAAAAGGUCUUCUUUUUCCGUUGGUUCACCCCCCAAAUGGCUGCUACGGCCGGCGCAUUGUGGCCGGCGCUGCGCCAAUCUGAAGCCAGGAGCCAGGUGCUUCCUCCUGGUUUUCCAUGGGGUGCAGGGUCCAAGGACCUGGGCCAUCCUCAACUGCCGUCCCAGGCCACAGCAGAGAGCUGGACUGGAAGAGGAGCAACCAGGACAGAAUCCGGUGCCCCAACCUGGACUAGAACCCCAGGGUGCCGGGGACUAGAACCCCAGGGUGCCGGCGCCGCAGGUGGAGGAUUAGCCUAGUGAGCUGUGGCACCAGCCCUCAGCUUGAUUCGUUUUUAUUAAUUUUGGCACUAUGAUGUUUUGAGCCGGAUAUCAUCCAGGGUGUCUUGUGCAUGAAUGGAAUGUUUAGUAGCACUCCUGGUCACUACCCACAGUAUGAAUUGUCAGUAGCACCUCCCUCCCACUCCAUCCCAGUGGGGACUAUCUAAAGUGCCUCGGGACAUUGCCAAAUGUCUUGAGUUGGGGGGCAAAACUGGUCCUGUUUCACGCUCCAGAGUUAGAUAACAUCCACCAGGAAGUAUGAAGGUUGUUUAACGACAUCAUUCAUAAACUAGAGCUCUCUUUACAUAAGCUGUGGGCAGUUGUUGAAUCCCGUCUGCGGGUGGAUUGCACAGUCUGAUAGAUGUUGGAGCUCUAGUGGAAAUGCUAUUGAAGGUAGAAAUGAGCUCUUCAUUUGAAAGUCAGGGUGUUUGUAGUCUUUCUGCUGAAUCGAAAUCUCUGUUUCCACCUCCUCAUCACCCCCCAAGCAUUGUUCUGGAAACAAUUCUUAUUAACUCUGUACUGUAGAUAAGUUUUUGUUGAAAGUAAUUAAGAAUUUUGUUUGGUAUCUUUGAGGUGGUCUAUAUCGUGGUAUUCAAGAAAAGACAGUCUUAAAAAUUACUUAGUAAAAGGCUCGAUUAAAUUAAAUGUGUUCUUGGUUAACCUUUGAUUGUUUCAGUGUAUUGUCUUUGAAAUUUCUUAACUAUAUAUAAUUUUUGCCAGUAAGGAAAGUCAGAUUGGGAAAGGGAAUCGGGAUAGAAUAAGAGUGGAAGUAAUGAGACUUAAUGCAAAUUUUGAGACUGAAAUCAUUGAAAUAUUCAAGAAAAUUUUCUUUUUAAGUUUCCAAGGCAAGUAUUAUUUGUGGAUAUAGGAUUUUCCUGCCUGUGGACAUAGGGGCAAAAUUGAAGACAGCUAGCUAAUAGUCAGGGAUUGGUAUGGAGAAUUUAAGAAGAGCAGAAAGGGCUCACAUAGUAGACUGUUGUGUGGAGUAUUGUUCCCCACCAACAUUGUUCCUUAGAGAAAUAGCAGGAAGUAUAUGAGAUGAACCUAGAACAUCUUGUCAAUGAGAUCAAGAAUUUUAUCGGACACUGCUAGGGUUGUGUCAGGACUCAGGAGCCAACUGAAGAAGUUCCCACUGUCCAAAAUAGGACAGAGUAUUCACUAAAGAUAACUGCCUGGAUCAAAUCUAAACCUUUGAUAAUGAUAAUUUAAGAACAAGCUUAUUCGUCACUUAGGAGAAAUUCUGCUGAAGCAGGUCAUUAUUUUGAAAACUGGUAAAUAAAGGGAAAGAAUCAAGACUUUUCCCAAAUGAACUGCAGCACAGGGGAACCAAAUAGGUAGUAAGGAUUUAACUUGAGAGAGACAAAUGAGCUUCCAUUCACUGGUUCACUCCUCUAAUGCCUGCCUCUGCACGCUAACUACUGCUGCCUGGGGCUGGGCCAGGAUGAGGCCAGGCAGUGGGACCUCAAUUCCAUCCCCCGCAUUGGGAGGCUGGAGUCCCAGCUGCUUGAGCAUCACUGCUACCUCCCAACUGUGCAGUAGCAGGAAGCUGGAGUCCAGAGGUGGGAAUCAAACCCAGGCACUGCAGAAUAGGAUGUGGGUAUCUUAACUGCUAGGCAAAUGUCUGCUCCCUGUUUUUUAAGAGAAGUGUUCAGCUAAUGCACAAUGAAGGAGUGAUCUAGAAUGACUGUAUGUAGGCCUCCUGAUAGAAGAAAACACUGCAGGCCGGCGCCGCGGCUCACUAGGCUAAUCCUCCGCCUUGCGGCACCGGCACACCAGGUUCUAGUCCCGGUCGGGGCGCCGGAUUCUUUCCCGGUUGCCCCUCUUCCAGGCCAGCCCUCUGCUGUGGCCAGGGGAGUGCAGUGGAGGAUGGCCCAAGUGCUUGGGCCCUGCACCCCAUGGGAGACCAGGAUAAGUACCUGGCUCCUGCCAUCGGAUCAGCGCGGUGCGCCAGUCACAGCGUGCCGGCCGCGGCGGCCAUUGGAGGGUGAACCAACAGCAAAGGAAGACCUUUCUCUCUGUCUCUCUCACUGUCCACUCUGCCUGUCAAAAAAUAAAAAAAAAGAAGAAGAAGAAGAAGAAGUAAACACUGCCCCCAAUAGUAGUCUGGGGAGAGAAAAAAGCUAAACUUGCAUCUAAUCAGGCCUCUAGAUGCAGCUAUCAAUUGGCGGGGUCUCUAGAGGACGGAGGUGCCUAAUCAUAAUGCCACCUGUAUGUAGUCAGCAGUAAUCCCAGGUGUAGGCAGCUACAGGAGGUGGCUUGGUUCCUUCACACACAUUACAGGGAGGAAAAUAGCCAAAAGUUAUGGACGUUAUUUGGAUCCUAACUCAGACAGACUUUUAAAAGUAUGAUAUUGAGAGGAUUUGAAAUUUGAAUGUUAACUAGAUAUUUGAUUUUAAGGGAAUAUCAGUGUUUUAGGCACUGAUUUUUUUUUAUUAUACUCUUUUUAAGUAUUUAUAUUCUAGAGCUGAAUUCAAAAUUAUUUACAAAUAUGAUGUUAGGGGUUUGUUUUAAAAUAAUAGGAAGAUGGGUAUUAUUUGAAAGUCAGAGUUACACACACACACAAAAAUAAUAGGGAGAUGGGUGUAGAAAUAAAACAAAAUCAGUUUUGAGUUGAUAAUUUCUGACCUGACAGAUACAUUUGUCAAUAUUUUUAUAUUUAAUUAAAAUCUAUAUCUCAAUACAAAUGGCAGGAAAGGAACCACUACCAUCUUGAUUUAGAAACUCAUAGUUGUAGUAUGAUGAAAAUUUUCCCCUUCACUGAGUUACAGUAUGAGCCUCAGAUUUACAGUCCAUCAGGGUUUUUCUCCUGAUGCAGCACUGUGGCUGACCUCGAAUUCCUGAAACUCAUAUUUUUAUCUGAUGCAUUUUUUUCAGAAGAAAUAAAAAUGCUCCUAAAUUGAGUAAGGAUUGAUUAUCAAACAAAUAUUUUAUAUAUAUAUGCUAUGGGAUUUAUUUAUUUUUUGGUAUGGUGGAAUCCAUGGCUGUGAAUAUAUCUAUCCUUUAUAGCAGAAUCAUAGGAAAGAGGUGGGAAAAUUUGUGUUUGUUUUUUUUUUUUCUUGUGAGAAGUUAAUUUAAAGGUUUGUCAUAGUAAGAGGUUAAAUGUGAAUGGAAUAGUAGUUUGGGAAGAGCUGCACAUUUUAAUACUACAUAAUUAAUAAUCACUUAUUUUAUUUGAUAAAAAAUACUUGAAAGGUGAUUAUAUGCCAUGGGUCACAUCAAAGACUAUAGAGAAUGAUGUUUCUUGGAAGAAAUAGUAAAUGCUACAUUUCAUCACACUGAUGAAGACUCUUUCUGAUAACUGGACAAUUACAAGAGCAUGGCGGACACCGACUUAUUUAUGGAAUGUGAGGAGGAAGAGUUGGAGCCGUGGCAGAAAAUCAGUGACGUCAUCGAGGACUCUGUAGUUGAAGAUUACAAUUCAGUGGAUAAAACUCCUGCAGUUUCUGUGAGCCAGCAGCCAGUCUCGGCUCCAGGGCCCAUCGCUGCCCAUGCUUCUGUUGCUGGGCACCUCUCUACAUCCACCACCGUUAGUAGCAGCGGGGCACAGAACAGCGACAGUACAAAGAAGACUCUUGUCACACUAAUUGCCAACAACAAUGCUGGCAAUCCUUUGGUCCAGCAAGGUGGACAGCCGCUCAUUCUGACCCAGAAUCCAGCCCCAGGCCUGGGCACAAUGGUUACUCAGCCAGUGUUGAGGCCAGUUCAGGUCAUGCAGAAUGCCAAUCAUGUGACUAGUUCCCCCGUGGCUUCGCAACCAAUAUUCAUCACUACACAGGGAUUUCCUGUAAGGAAUGUCCGGCCUGUACAAAAUGCAAUGAAUCAGGUUGGGAUUGUGCUGAACGUACAGCAAGGCCAAACGGUUAGACCAAUUACACUAGUCCCAGCCCCAGGCACCCAGUUUGUUAAGCCGACAGUUGGAGUUCCCCAGGUGUUCUCUCAGAUGACCCCAGUGAGACCAGGCUCCGCAAUGCCAGUGAGGCCCACCACCAACACUUUCACCACCGUCAUCCCAGCCACUCUGACCAUUAGGAGCACCGUCCCACAGUCCCAGGCCCAGCAGACCAAGUCUACACCCAGCACUUCCACCACUCCCACUGCCACACAGCCGACCUCACUGGGACAACUAGCUGUUCAGCCUCCAGGCCAGUCCAACCAGACCUCAAAUCCCAAACUAGCUCCCUCCUUCCCCUCUCCACCUGCAGUGAGCAUUGCCAGCUUUGUCACUGUGAAGCGACCUGGGGUGACAGGUGAAAAUAGCAAUGAAGUGGCCAAAUUGGUGAAUACCCUUAACACCAUCCCUUCCCUGGGCCAGAGCCCUGGGCCAGCAGUAGUAUCCAACAACAGCUCUGCCCACAGCUCUCAAAGAACCAGCGGACCUGAGUCUUCAAUGAAAGUGGCCUCUUCCAUCCCAGUAUUUGACCUCCAGGAUGGUGGACGGAAAAUUUGUCCACGGUGUAACGCUCAAUUCCGUGUCACUGAAGCUUUGCGAGGUCACAUGUGUUACUGUUGCCCAGAAAUGGUUGAGUAUCAGAAGAAAGGAAAGUCCCUGGAUCCUGAACCCAGUGUCGCAUCAGCAACAAAGCCACCGUCCCCUGAGAAAACAGCUCCUGUUGCUUCCACACCCUCUUCUACACCUAUUCCUGCUUUGUCACCACCUACGAAAGUACCAGAGCCAAAUGAGAAUGUGGGGGAUGCUGUGCAGACCAAGCUCAUUAUGCUGGUAGAUGACUUUUAUUAUGGACGGGACGGUGGCAAAGUAGCCCAGCUCACGAACUUCCCUAAGGUCGCCACAUCUUUCCGAUGCCCACACUGUACCAAGAGGCUGAAGAACAACAUUCGAUUCAUGAACCAUAUGAAACAUCACGUAGAACUUGAUCAGCAGAAUGGUGAGGUAGAUGGUCAUACUAUCUGCCAACACUGUUACCGCCAGUUUUCCACUCCCUUCCAGCUCCAGUGUCACUUGGAAAAUGUUCAUAGUCCCUAUGAAUCUACUACCAAGUGCAAGAUCUGUGAGUGGGCGUUUGAGAGUGAGCCACUGUUUCUCCAGCAUAUGAAGGAUACUCAUAAGCCUGGAGAGAUGCCUUAUGUCUGCCAGGUGUGUCAGUAUCGCUCCUCACUCUACUCUGAGGUAGAUGUCCAUUUUCGGAUGAUCCAUGAGGACACCCGGCAUCUGCUCUGCCCUUAUUGCCUGAAGGUCUUCAAAAAUGGCAAUGCAUUCCAACAGCAUUACAUGAGGCACCAGAAGAGAAAUGUUUAUCACUGCAACAAAUGCCGGCUGCAGUUUCUCUUUGCCAAGGACAAAAUUGAACACAAGCUUCAGCACCAUAAAACCUUCCGUAAACCCAAGCAGCUGGAAGGUUUGAAGCCAGGCACCAAGGUGACCAUCCGGGCUUCCCGCGGGCAGCCACGAACCGUGCCUGUGUCCUCCAGCGAUACGCCUCCCAGCACGCUGCAGGAGGCGACCCCACUGACCUCCUCCGCGGACCCUCUGCCUGUCUUCCUUUAUCCCCCUGUCCAGCGCAACAUCCAGAAGAGAGCUGUUAGGAAAAUGAGCGUCAUGGGCCGGCAGACUUGUCUGGAGUGCAGUUUUGAGAUCCCAGAUUUCCCCAAUCAUUUCCCUACUUACGUACACUGCUCUCUGUGUCGCUACAGCACCUGCUGCUCCCGAGCAUACGCUAACCACAUGAUCAACAAUCAUGUUCCACGGAAGAGCCCCAAAUAUUUGGCUUUGUUUAAAAAUUCCGUGAGUGGAAUCAAGCUGGCCUGCACUGCUUGUACCUUUGUUACCUCCGUGGGAGAUGCCAUGGCCAAGCAUUUGGUGUUCAACCCCUCUCACAGAUCCAGCAGCAUCCUGCCGCGGGGACUCACUUGGCUCUCUCACUCAAGGCAUGGCCAGACUCGUGACCGAGUGCAUGACCGGAACUUGAAGAACAUGUACCCUCCUGCUUCCUUCCCCCCUCACAAAGCCGCCACUGUGAAAUCUGCGGGGGCCGCCCCAGCUGAGCCUGAAGAGCUCCCGCCUCCCGUGACCCAGGCACUCCCCUCGCCAGCCUCCACUGCAACCCCGCCCCAGACCCCUGCCCACCCACAGCCUUUAGUCCUCCCACCCUUGGCCACAGAGGGGGCCGAAUGUCUGAAUGUCGAUGACCAGGAAGAAGGGAGCCCGAGCACCCAGGACCCUGAGCCCGCAUCAGGUGGUGGUGGCAGUGGGGUGAGCAAGAAGGAGCAGCUGUCUGUGAAGAAGCUUCGGGUAGUACUGUUUGCCCUGUGCUGCAACACGGAACAGGCAGCCGAACACUUCCGAAACCCCCAGCGACGUAUCCGGCGCUGGCUUCGGCGCUUCCAGGCCUCUCAGGGGGAGAACCUAGAGGGCAAGUACCUGAGCUUUGAGGCCGAGGAGAAACUGGCUGAGUGGGUGCUGACCCAGCGAGAGCAGCAGCUGCCUGUGAAUGAGGAGACCUUGUUCCAAAAGGCCACCAAGAUAGGACGUUCUCUGGAGGGGGGGUUUAAGAUCUCAUACGAGUGGGCCGUGCGCUUCAUGCUGCGACACCACCUGACUCCGCACGCCCGGCGGGCCGUGGCCCACACCCUCCCUAAGGACGUGGCCGAGAACGCCGGGCUCUUCAUAGAGUUCGUACAGCGGCAGAUCCACAACCAAGACCUGCCCUUGUCUAUGAUCGUGGCCAUCGAUGAGAUCUCCCUGUUCCUGGACACGGAGGUGCUGAGCAGCGACGACAGGAAGGAGAACGCCCUGCAGACGGUGGGCACGGGGGAGCCCUGGUGCGACGUCGUGCUGGCCAUUCUGGCCGACGGCACCGUCCUCCCCACCCUGGUGUUCUACCGAGGACAGAUGGACCAGCCUGCUAACGUGCCAGACUCCAUACUGCUGGAGGCAAAGGAGAGUGGCUACAGUGACGACGAGAUCAUGGAGCUGUGGUCCACCCGCGUGUGGCAGAAGCACACGGCCUGCCAGCGCAGCAAAGGCAUGCUCGUGAUGGACUGCCAUCGCACUCACUUGUCGGAGGAGGUCCUGGCCAUGCUUAGUGCCUCCAGCACUCUGCCUGCGGUGGUCCCAGCAGGCUGUAGCUCCAAAAUCCAGCCACUAGACGUAUGCAUCAAGCGAACUGUCAAGAACUUCCUGCACAAAAAGUGGAAGGAACAGGCUAGGGAAAUGGCAGACACUGCAUGUGAUUCUGACGUGCUGCUCCAGCUGGUGCUGGUCUGGCUGGGGGAGGUGCUGAGCGUCAUAGGGGACUGCCCCGAGCUGGUGCAGCGGUCCUUCCUGGUGGCCAGCGUGCUGCCAGGCCCUGACGGCAACGUCAGCUCCCCCACGAGAAACGCAGACAUGCAGGAGGAGCUCAUCGCCUCCCUGGAGGAGCAGCUGAAGCUGAGCGGAGAGCAGUCCGAGGAGCCGUCCGCCUCCACGCCCCGGCCCAGGGCCUCUCCUCAAGAGACAGUCGAGCCUGAGAGCCUGCACCAGCUGUUUGAGGGCGAGAGUGAGACCGAGUCUUUCUAUGGCUUUGAAGAAGCUGACCUCGAUCUGAUGGAGAUUUGAGUGCUGGGUCACGAGGCAUGUGGAGUAGGGGUGGGAAAGCGAGGGAGGGUGGCGGGACUUGGGAAAGGGGACAUACCAGGUGGGGUAUUUGGUCUAUAUUUUUUAAUUUUAUGCCACCACUCCCCAACAUUGACUGACAACUUCCCUGUGAAUUUGUGGAUUAUUAGGAAAACCAAUAGUGAUCACGUCUGAGCCGAGGAGCUGGCCCAUUGGUCAUUCAGUUCUGCUAAAAACAGGUUUUUGUGACUUUUUUUUAAAUUUAAAUCACUGUGUUUGGUAUUUUUCUGACAAAAUCAAGAAAAAGACAAAAAAAUCCUUUGUGGGCGAAUGUUAAAUUGUUUUGUUUCCCCUCUUACCUCAAUUGUAUCAUAGUACUUCUAGAGUUUUUGUUUGUUUUACUGUGUGGCCGACGUCUUUGGGCAUGAUGCUAUCUAACCAUUGUCAAUGUGAGAACAUUUCUGAUGAUGAGAAAGACAAAAAUAUGUAGCUCAAAAACUGGUUUAUUAUAUAUAUGGAUAAACUUUUUUCAUUGUGGUCUUAACACUUUUAUAUAAAAAUGAAAAUGGAAAAAAAAUCCCACUGAACUCUCGCUCUUCCUUCUCCUUUUCUUGCCUUCCCUCUCCAGAGAUGUUGGUUUCUACAUCAACCCUAGAUAUGAAAUUGUGGCUUUAAAAAAAUGCAUGAAACCACCUCUGAGCAUCCAGAACGAUGAAUAAUUUGUCUUUCCCUCACCAUGCUCCUUCCGACAAAAGCAGUAUUCUUUGCACUCGCCCCUUCCCCCAUUCUCGCCCCCUCCAUCACUCUGGACAAAGGACCAUACAUGUAUCAUUAGUGAGCAGGAGGUGCUGAGGUGAUCAGAGCGCAUGCUAGGGUGCGAGCCAUGCCCAGUUUGAGCCUUCAUCCUGCAAGCCCCGGGCAGUACCGGCCUUGGUGAGCUUCAGCCUGGGACGUGGACAGGUCCUACAGCCAGGAGCUAAUUGCAUAAAAAGCGAAGUGUCGACUCUACACAGGAAAGAGAGCCCACUUGUGGACGUUCUGCGUACCCUGUGGCCUUCCCCUAUUUUUCUCUUACCACUUAAAGAACCUGACCUGAGAAACAGCACGGAGUGUGCACGGAGAAAAAGACAUGAAUAUUUUUCACUGCCAGCUUCAAGGGAAGAAAAUUUUUUCUACAAUUUGCAUGAGGGAUUUUUUUUAAAGAAUUGUAUGUAUUCGUGGAUACAAACCAAAAUGUACUGCACCAGAGAAAAGGAGCGCGGCACGCCCCCUGUCCCGCAGCUACGCCGCGCACCUGUCCGUCCUGAGGCGGCAGCAGCAUCCCCCUCUUGGGAGCCGAGGAGGCAGGCUGCAGGAGCUUCUAAAUGCCUCAUCUUUAAAUGUACGUAAGUGGAACAUUUAAUAAAAUGAGGGGAAAUGGAUUUAUAAGCUUUGUUUUUCUAGGUAGCCCUGUUCAAGGUAGGCUUUCACAGACUGGGAGAUGUCGAGAGGGGACAGGCGCGGUGGCGCAGGCUGACACUCUGCCCACUCCUGCCAGUGUUUUUGUUUUUGACCCCCAGUACACUAUAAUAUAGUGAACUGGAGCAUCCCCGCAGCACGGCCAGCGUUUGUCAUCUGAAGACGACCAAGGGUCCAUCUGGGCUUCUCAUCCCCAGCUUUUUGCCUGAUGCCAUUUUACUGACAGACUGUGGACUUCCAAGUCAACCCUUUGCCUCGGAGAAAGUUCAAGAACUACGGUCACAUCUAUCUACAGCAACUUAAUCCUCCUCUGGUAGUCUCUGCAGCAGCCACAGCCUUAGCAGAGCUGGGUUCCUGGCCUCUGCACACUGAUUGACUUUGUUGAUGGGCAGUUUUUUUAAAAAAAUAACCAACAGUGGAUCAGCUGGGUUUUGGCCAGGAAGUUGUCUUUGUGGACUCUGCCUGCAUGGCUUAGUAGUAGAAGGAAGGUUUUUUUGUUUUGUUGUUUUUUAUAAUUCAGUUUAAUCAAUAAACACAUAUUUAUUGACUAC